AUGUACUUUUGGUGGUUCCGCAUUCUCGACGCUUUUACCAUUUUGUCCCGCGACACCACCAACUUCAUGGGAAGGCUAUCUUUGUUUCCUUCACAGAAGAACUACAGACUAACUGUUAACGGACCCGUGUUACUAAAGGAGUUUGGAGAAGCCUCGGAAGAUGCAUCUUUGGCCGGCCCCUUGCUACACAGUAUCAGCUCGGGUACAGGUCAGCUUAUUGCUUUUACAAUUGCGAUUACCACCCAGGCCAAAAAAGAGCUCAAAGCUGUACAAAAAACGCCAUCUGGAAUACUAUCAACUAACCUAUCUACGAUACCAUCUGUUAAGACUCAAGCAAGAGUCGCUACGGUUUUCCUUCAGUAUAUGGAGAGGUUAGGAGAGGAAAUUACCAUACUUUUGAAAGAAGCAAAUGAGACCCAACAAUAUCUUCAUAGUAUACAAAAGCAUCUUCGCCGAGCAGAGAGCUCAUGCAAAGACGCUACAAAGAAGGCAACUCAACAGCUUGCUGGCUCUCAGGGGUCUUUGAAUCGUUUCUUACGAACAUACAAAGAACAAAUUCGAGACUUCGAGGAGCAUCUUGAGUACCUUGAUUUCGUCAACAACAGCAUCGAAAAGAGCAGGAAUGUAACGACAGUGGUAAUUCGAGACCUUGAUGGUGUCAAGAAAAAGCUUCGGGAGUACCGUGAUGGGUUUAGACGGAACUAUGUAUGGAAGGCACCGAUCGAAAUCUUUAUUGUGAUUCUUGAAAAAAGUGUCAUUUCCUUUGAAGCUUCAAUCGCGGACGCUAAGGAGAUGAGAAAGAGGAAUGGAGCGAAGUUGGAAAUCGAGUCUGGUUAG